CACAGGAGCAUCUAAUAUGAAAAAAGUUAGACUAAGCCCAGAACUCCAGAUGAUUGCCCAAGCCCACGCCGAGAGAUGCGAGAACAAGAACAAUCCCAACCUGUCCACACUGUCCAAGACAUUCAAGGAUGUGGGCGAAAACAUCCACUUUACCACCAUCGAAAACUACAAUAUGAUAAAAGACCGGGGAGUAGUCAAUGCUUGGAGCAAAGUUUUCAAAUACCAUUACAGCUCAAACACGUGCAUAGAUGUAGGUUAUUGCGAAAAAUUUAAACAGGUGGUCCGAGCAGAGACAGAGUUCAUUGGAUGUGGUCAGGCUAUGUGCGGGUCAAACGUGUUCACCGUUUGUAAUUAUGCGCCAAGAGGAAACCCAAAUGAGAGGCCUUACUUGCGAGGAGGGAUAUGCAACAACUGCACAGCUGGAUAUUCCUGCGACACAGAUGGUCUUUGCUUUGUACCAUGUUGAUCAUAUUUUUUAAAAAGACACCCUAAAUAAAUUCAAAACAUACAGCUUUU